ACCGGGCUGCCCUUUUUGCUACGUAUUUCCGGUGUGCGGUGUCUGUUCCCUCUUACUAGCCAGUGUCCAAGGCCCCGGGCCGGGAGAAGAGGAGGAGUCGCCGGGAAGCGAACGGGGAGAAGCGGAGAGACGGAAGGAGGACAAAGAUACAGAAAUGGCUUUCAUAAUGGAGUGGCUUUAUAGUGGCCUCAGCAAUAUGAUGCAGUUUUUAGGGUUAUACAAAAAGUCGGGGAAACUAGUGUUUUUAGGUUUGGACAAUGCUGGCAAAACAACACUGCUUCACAUGCUGAAAGAUGACCGGCUUGGACAGCAUGUCCCCACACUACAUCCAACAUCAGAAGAGUUGACGAUUGCUGGAAUGACCUUUACAACCUUUGACCUUGGUGGGCAUGAACAAGCUCGGCGUGUUUGGAAAAACUAUCUACCAGCAAUCAAUGGAAUUGUGUUUCUUGUGGAUUGUGUAGACCAUUCACGCCUUAUGGAGUCCAAAGUGGAGCUUAAUGCGCUCAUGACAGAUGAAACGAUAUCUAAUGUGCCAAUCCUAAUCCUUGGGAAUAAAAUUGACAGACCUGAAGCUAUCAGUGAAGAGAAGCUGAGAGAAAUAUUUGGACUUUAUGGACAAACUACAGGAAAAGGAAAUGUGCCACUGAAGGAUCUUAAUGCUCGUCCCAUGGAAGUGUUCAUGUGCAGCGUGCUCAAGAGGCAAGGCUAUGGCGAGGGCUUUCGUUGGCUCUCCCAGUACAUUGACUGAAACUUUUUUUUUUCUUCUCUCCAACUCCUCCCUUUGGAUUGACAAGACAACAAAAAAUAAAAACCGAUUCUGCAGAGUUCAACUCCUCCGGACUUGAUCCAGGUGGACUUCUCUCUGUGUGGGGCAGGCCCACAUAGGCAGUGAUUAACAUGUACAACAACCAGGAGUCUUGUGGGACACCGCCCCCCCCUCCCCCCCAUCCAUCAAAAGUUAAUAUCCAUGAAAACAGUUCUAUUUUUUAAGAAAAUGUCAAUGUUAACAGUGUCCCCUUAUCCUUUUUAUUUACUUUUUUUUUUUUUAUCAGUUUGUUUUGUCCGGAGUUUAUAUUAGGAUUUUUUUUAUCUAUUUAAUGGUAUUUACAUAUAUCACUAAAUACUGAUCCACGUAUCAUUACAUUUAGAAGUCCAUAAUAAACAUAGUUUCGGGGCUGGCCUGCUCUGUAACAGUGAUUUUGCUGUGGGAACAUGGCUAACAUGUAUAUGGAGGGUGAUUUUUUUUUUUGCCACAUCGGGGUAUAGCAUUUUGUGCUCCCUUGCUUUUCACUUGUCUGAAGUGAAACUAGCUAUUUGAAGCAACGGUUGAUGUGUUUUGAGCAGUUCAUGUAUUUAUAAUAUCUCUUGUCCCUAGUUAUUUGCUGGCAUGUAUGCUCAAUCAUGUCCUUAAACUGCCAAAGUCAUAUGGCUAACUUGGCAGUUAAAGGGUUAAGUGUUCCUGCCUUAAUUACAUAGUGAUAACGUUGCACAGAGCAUUGAUGUGCAGUAACCCAUUGCAAACCGGCGUAUAUCUGCUUUUUAGCAGGUGCAAGUUAAGGCAGGUGGUUACUGCAUGACUGUCCUCUGCAACAUUUUAUGAAUCAAUGGCCAAUCACUGCAAAGUGGCGAAGCUGUCCUUUGUCCAUGGAAGAGAUUUCGGCGUGUACUCCUUUUUAGGAUCAGGGUGUAUGGACAAUGAUGAGUGCAUUAAAAUAUUUAGAAAAUAUAUACUCAAUUUAUUUCAUAUUUCCCAAAUCUUUUAGUUGCUUUUUAAAAACCACUGGAUUGUCCAGUCCCAGUUUGCAACUAUCUAGAAUUUGCAAUAAAGUAAACACUCAUAUGUAAA